UGGAUAACCCCUGGGCCCGUGGGGUGCCGCAGAUGAAGACUAUCAAUGCCGACCAAGCUUUUCUUGAAAUCGUACAGAGUACGCCGACUUGUGGGUGAGGGCGAGCAUGUGUAUUAAAGACAAGCCAUUGGCAGCUUUCCUGCUGUGGUCCAUCGUGGCCUUGGUCUUCUUUCCUCCCUAGGCAUUCGCUCACCUCUUACGUGGUCGACCUGAGAAGCAACAAGACAAGACAAGACAGACGCCUCCCCUCAAAAAGCCCGUCCAGUCCCCUCUAUUUGCCACUCUGCCCAGUAACCUUGCACACAUAACUUCUUUCUUCAACCUCUCAAAGUUACUGGUCCUGUGCUAUCCCACCCGGCUAUCAAGAUGCAAAUUACGCGCUCUCUUGUCCUCUUGGCCACGUCCGGCAUGUUGGCUUCGGCCGCACCGGCCGCUGAGCCCCCCGCGAGCGCUUCCUCGGAACUGCGCCUGGUCAAGUUGUCUCCGGCCGAUCCUGGCUCAUGGAUCACGGAUGAGGAGAAGGAAGUUCUUGCGGUCAAUCGCGUCGGCUUCCACGACAUCACGGGCGUGAGCGAGGAGGAGCUUGCCGUCCUCUCCACCGACCCGGAAGAGGUCAAGCUCGAGGCCCGUCAGGCUGUCACUUACCCGACCACCUUGGCGAACCAGGCCCAGGCCGUCAGUUUGAGCAACCAGGCCACCACGACCAACCCUCAGAGCUGGUUGACAACGUUGGCGAAUUAUCAAACUCGCCACUACCGCUCCACCACCGGUACUCAAGCUGGCACAUGGCUGCAGCAGCAGCUCAGGACCAUUGUUGGAUCCAAGGGCACCGUCUCAACCAUUACUCACUCCUUCAACCAGCCCUCCAUCAUCGUUCGCAUCCCUGGCCAGACGAGCGACCUAGUCAUCACUGGUGCACACUACGACUCCACCGGAGGUUCGACUACUGCCCGCUCCCCGGGAGCCGAGGAUGACGGCAGCGGCGUGGUGGUCAUCAUGGAGGCUCUGAGGGUCCUCGUAUCUGCGUCGUUCGCGCCCAAGAACACGCUCGAGUUCCACUUUUACGGCGGCGAGGAGGGUGGCCUGCUGGGCUCGCGCGACGUGUUUGCUAACUACCGCAGCAAUGGCCGCCGCGUGUUGGCCUAUCUCAACCAGGACAUGUCUGGUUACUCGCCCGGUGGCAAGCUGACCGUCUACACCGACUAUGUCGACACGAGCCUCACGGCCUACGUCAGGCGCAUUGCUCAGGCCUCGGCCGGAGUCGCGCCCUCCAGCUCCAGCUGCGGCUACGGAUGCUCCGACCACGCCAGCGCAAGGUCAAACGGCUUCCCUGCCGCCUACGUCGGCGACGAGCCCAUUGGUACCUCGGCUAGUUGGAUCCACUCCUCCAGCGACUCCGUUGACAGGAUCCAGUGGCCCACCAUCCUCCGCCACACCAAGUUCAUCAUCAACUACCUGGUUGAGGCUUCUUACCUGUAAAUUGGCCGUAUCUCCGGGCUAACAGGACGCCAUAACAUCACUAUUUUUAAGUGAUAAUGAAUUUUAAAAUGUAAAUAGGUACCUUAGCUUUCUGAAUGCUAAAGAAUAUAACAACAUUGUCAAGAUCAAUGAUAGGUUCUAGGUAGUUUGAAUGAAGUUUGACAUGGCGUUUAAGAAGAUUUGUAUCCUUUUAUCUUGACAAAGAAAAUCCCUAUCCAUGAUGUUUAUAAUGCAACUAUGAUAACGCCAAUCCCUAGAUGCACAGUCGAAACAAGUAUUGAGAAAAGAUUAUAAAUUUGUAAACAGAGAACCAUCCAGUGUCAUUAUAUGCCUUUACUUCCGGCCCUGUUGUCUCUGAAUCUCUUCCCGGAACACGUUCCUCCCAGACGUCGACGUGGGCGACCAGCUAUCACUACUGGUAAGCUGGAUCCCUGGUGUCUUGUCCUCGGGCUGGUGGUUGGCACGGAACGAGUCCCCGCGCGCAGCAACCCUAGGUAUCUCGGCGUCAUGGGUCGGAUUGGCCGUCCCAGUCCUCUCCGGGCGGCUCUUGCGCACCCCAUACCCCUGAGAAACGCGGCCUCGCCCAAAUCUCCGCUUCAGGGUUGCAAAGGCCGCGGCGAGAGGGACGGUGCCCUUCUUGCGAUAACUCCAGCAGCAGUAGAGGCCUACAACAACGAGCAACACGACGACAAUGGGAACGAUGACGAUGUUUGAAACAGGCCCGGGAGAGCCAUCCCUGCCGGCGUCGUGUACGGGCCACAUGAAAUCCUCGGUGAUGACGACCCGGGGUCCGUUGCCGCGGAUCUCGUUAAACUCGGAGCUGUCAUGAGACUGGUAAUUGUACUUGAUGCUGGCGUUCACGGCGGCGCUGUUGGACUUGGUAAGCAUGUCGGCUGGUAUUGUCCAGGCGUAGUAGCCGACUGAUGCUUUGACGCUCUGGGCUAUCACCUCUGCUCGGCUGUCAUCGUACACAACUUCGAUCUUGACCUUGUCGUCUUGGUGAGCAAACUUUUGAGGGUCCCAGGUAAUGUAAUAAGUCGAGUUUGGAUUGAGCAUGCUGCCUCGCUUCGGCGUACAGAAUGGCAUAUCUUCACCGUAAUAGUUUUCACAGACCAUCAAUGCACCAUUUUUCUUGCCAUAAUCGGAAGUUGGAGCAGGGUGUGGAGCAAAGACUGUAGUGGUAGUCAUGCCGUUGUUGGACAGGAACCAGGUGGACUCUGCAGUCAGGGUGCUCGGGGCCCCUGAAAUGGUCUGAACGGCUUGGUUCGUCGUGGUGACGGUCGGCGUGAUGGUGCGUGCAGCUCCAACCUCGUCGAUGGUGAUCCAUGGUUUUGGCGGGGGAGCGGCGGUCACUGCUUGUCUCGGAUCAUUUGGGAUUGAUGUAGAUACCAAGGGCGUCAUCAUGAACCAAAGUAUGGUAGCGCCUAGUGGCACAAGCCGUAUUGAGAACAUUGUGGUCUUGAGAUGGAUUUCAAGAGUUGAGAUCAAAUACCUACGCUGCCUUGACAGUUUGGAAGUGAGGUAUUUGAAGAGAUCUGGAGCUGAAAUCACAUCCUAGCCACAUAUAACCCUUGCAGAUGAACCAGAAAGCAGUCCCCCCUCUUGGACUAGGUCUAAGUUAGAUAGGUAUGUAAAUACUUGCAUCACUCGAACUCAGUGAGCUCGGCCAAGCGUUCA